GAAACAAGGAUGAAACCUGACACUUUUAGUUUUGACACUAGUUUGUUGUGAUGUUUGAAAAGCUAUGACCUCAACAGAGGUCGAGUGCAGCUUCGCCGAUGGACAGAUUCGAAUAUACCAUACCCGUACUGGAAUACAACGAGGACCAUGUGACCAGGGCUAGGAACAUUAAGCUAUACGAUGGCGAUCAGAAGACUUCACAUGAAGGAGGCGAGCUGGUUUUGACCACUCACAGGAUUUGGUGGGCAUCACCGGGCACCAUAGAUCAAGGGUUGAUGUGCCUGUCGCUUCCUCUUUACUAUGUCGUCUUUAUCGAAGAGGAGAUCCCCAGUGCAUUCGCUUUCACAAGAUCGAGCAAGCUAGUUCUACAUCUCUCGGCAGCAAGAGUCGACAAGAAAUCUGGCCCGGUUCAAGUGAGCCCAUACAAUUUUGUCAAACUGUCAUUCAAAGAUGGGCUCGAGGAUAGGUUUGUGAACUUGCUCAGGAACACAUUAGCAUUGAAGAAAUGGGAAAUUCUACCUCAGCAAUUUGCAACUGCACCACCCACAAAAGCCAAAUUGCCAGAAAUAAAAACACGAACAGGCAUAGUUGGAAUUGAGAGGACGAUUCAAGAAAAACAAAAAGCUACUGAUGAAAGCAUUUCAGCAGCUUUUAAAGAUUUGAACAAGCUUAUGAAUAUGGCUAAGGAUAUGGUGACGCUUUCCAAAACAAUAUCAACAAAAAUUAGAGAAAAACAAGGGAACAUUACUGAAAAUGAAACCAUUCAGUUCAAAUCGUACCUUCUGAGCCUUGGGAUCGAUGAUCCCGUGACAAGAGAUACAUUUUCAAGUGAGAGUUCCUACAUUGAAAAUUUGGCGAGGCAGCUCGUCGAAAUUCUCGAAGGCCCUAUAAAGGAGCAAGGCGGUAUGAUGUCCCUUGCUGACGCAUUCUGCAGAGUGAACAGGGCUAGGGGCCUUGAGCUGCUUUCACCCGAGGAUAUGCUGCGAGCGAGCAAGACGUUAGAGAAGCUCAACCUCCCCAUUAAGCUACGGACAUUCGAUAGUGGCGUGAUGGUGUUGCAGUUACAGUCUCUCAAUGAUUCAUCUGUCGUUGAGGCCACUUUAGCUCAGCUCAAGGAGAAUGGCAGUUUGAGUCCAGAAGAAGUGUCACACGCCUCCAACAUUUCUAUUCUUCUGGCUAAAGAAAGGCUUGCGACCACUGAAAAAUUGGGUUAUAUCUGCCGUGAUGAGUCGAUAGAAGGUCUAAGAUUUUAUCCGAAUUUGUUUGCAGAGAGAGCAGUUUAAUUUUCUAUAUAAGCUUUAAAAUUUACUCCUCUAGAACAAAAUAAAAUAAUACGUCUUA